AUGCCUAGCGAACUCGAAGAGCUCGUGGGCUUCAUCACCCAUCAGAACCCUCAGGUCCGGCUGGGAGCCACUGAGAUCCUGGUCCCGUAUUCGCUCUCAGACCCAGGCAUUUUCAAGGUGGAUGAUAUGAGACCGAUCAAGAACCUCAAAGUUCUGCUGAAUGAUCAUUUUCAAGUCGCAGAGCAUGCGUUAAGCUGCCUGAUAAACCUCUCGGGCGAUCCUGAGGUUCUAGAAUGUUUAGCUUCCGACGACAAAUUCUUGGAUUUGGUCUUGUCAUUCAUUGUGAAUGCGCAGGGCCCCAAAGAAGAGAAUGCCAACCUUUUCGCCAUGGUCUUGGCCAACAUGACCAAAUCAGACAGUCUCAAGCGCAUCAUGGACAAGAAACAGGAAUCACCAAAAGAGCUGGGCUCCGACGACUGCAUCCUCAACCAACUCAUGGACCUCUUCGUCAAGGGGCAGAGCGGCUCUUACAACCCCAAGGGCGACUAUGACUAUCUCGCCUAUGUUCUUGCCGAUUUAUCCAAACACGAAAAAAUUCGCAAGUACUUUGUGACGGAACAGACCUACGACAAGGUUAUUCCCAUCACCAAGCUCAAGGUGUUUACUGAGCACGAUUCGCACAUUCGCCGCAGAGGUGUCGCCAGCAUACUGAAGAAUGUCGCUUUCGACGUUGACUCCCACAUGUCUCUCAUGUAUGACGACGAAAUCGAUAUUCUCCCAUACAUCCUGCUUCCAAUUACCGGCAAUGAGGAGUACGAUGAAGAUGAAACCAUCAGCAUGCUCCCCGACCUGCAGCUGCUGCCGCCGGACAAGAAGCGCGACUCUGACAACACCAUUAUCCAGACCCAUCUCGAGACUCUUCUCCUGCUUACAACAACGCGCGCUGGACGUGAACAUCUUCGCGGGGUCAAUGUUUACCCCGUCGUGCGCGAAACGCACAGCCGAGUCGACGAUAAGGAUGUCCAGGAGGCCUGUGACAGACUUGUGCAGGUUCUCAUGCGCGACGAAGAAGGCGAGGGCCAAGACCACCAGAGGAGAAUAACAGAGCUAGCGGAUGGCGAGGAAGAAAUUACUGAAGUUUAA